GCGGUUUAGAGAACUACUGGAGCAGGUCAAGACCACAAAGAGGUUGUGGAAUUUCCGCGAUCCGCUGGAAUCGCUGGAACUUAUUUCGGAAAAUGCCUGUUUUCCCCCUUAAGGACCACCCUGUUAUAGUUCAGCUUCUUUUCAGUAAGAACAUUAUGCUAAACGAUUAAAUCAAACUAUUUCUCGAAGAAACUCUAAAUAACAAACUUUUAGCAACUAAUCGGAUAGAAAAAAAGCAUAAAUUUGAAAAUGUAUCAAAUUUGCGCAACUUAUGUUGCUAUAAUUCCUUACAUUGUUUAUGUCAUGCAUGCCAUAAAAGCAUGUUUAUGGCAAGAGUUUCGUUUGUUUUGAUAUGAUUGGAAUACGUACGUGAUAAAGCUGAUCGGCGCCGCUCGUGCAUUAAAUUCUCGGUUUCUGUUUCAUUUGGCAUAUAUUCAUACAUCUGCCGCUACGAUGGCCACACCUUUGGCAGGAAAAUUGGCACUGGUGACCGGUGCCGGUUCUGGAAUUGGACGUGCCACAAGCAAACUGUUGGCCCGAGAUGGUGCGAUCGUCGUUGCAGUCGAUCGGAAUGUACAGGCCGCCCACGAAACGGUAUCAUCGCUCAAUGGAACCGGUGAUAAUGCUGCGUACGAAAUGGAUGUCUCAUCCGGGGAUAGUAUCGAUUCCGUGCUCAAGGCAGUGGUUGACCGCUACAAGCGUCCUCCGACGAUAGUUAUCAAUUCCGCUGGCAUUACACGAGAUAACUUUCUACUGAAGAUGCCUGAAUCCGAUUUCGAUGAGGUGAUUAAUGUGAAUCUGAAGGGUACCUGGCUGGUACUGCAACGUUUCGGCCGUGCAAUGAUCGAGCACGAGCUGGCUGGAUCGAUGGUUAAUGUAUCGUCGAUCGUUGCCCGUACUGGGAACAUGGGCCAGUCAAACUACUCGCCCAGUAAAGCCGGUGUCGAAGCUAUGACCAAGGUGGUGGCUCGCGAAUUUGGACGGUACAAUAUUCGCGUAAAUGCCAUCGUGCCCGGAUUCAUCCAUACACCAAUGACGGGAACAGUGCCGCAAAAGGUGAAAGAUAUGAUUAUCAUGCAGUGUGCCUUACGCCGCUAUGGCAAUCCGGAGGAAAUUGGUGAAGUAGCAGCCUUUUUGGCAUCGGAUAAAAGCAGCUACGUGAAUGGUACUUCCAUCGAAGUGACUGGCGGAUAGACAACCGUUCAUCUGAACUUUCUGCACUCAAGGAUCCGUACAGAUGUUAUAGCUAAAAGCUACCUCUUUUAAAACGUGCUACCUCCUUCAACCAUGCAUUUAAUGUUGUGAAUAAUUGUUUUUGGAAUAUAUUUGCUAAAAAUAUAGGAAUAUUUUGCUAUUGAA